AUGGUAGUGUUUCCACUGCUAAGGGUGGAUGAGUAUGGUUUGGUACAAGAUGAUUGUACUGAAAGUGAUGAGGCUUUGGUUCAAGGUGAUUGUACUGCAAAAGAUGUGGCUUUGGUUCAAGGUGAUUGUUCUGUGAGUGCUAUAGUACAAGAUAAGCCUUACAAGUGUGGAGUGUGUGGUAAGAGUUACUUGAAACCUGGUCUUUUGGUGGCACAUAAUCGAACCCACACUGGUGAGAAACCCUUCAAUUGUAACUUCUGUAGUAAGAGCUUUUCGCGACGGGAUAAUCUUAUAUCUCAUUCUCGAAUUCAUAGUAGCGAAAAACCUUACAAGUGUGAAGUAUGUUCUAGAGGGUUUUUCCGCAAUUCAAAUCUUUUAAUUCAUGCUCGUAUUCACACUGGAGACAGACCUUACAAAUGUGAUGUAUGUGGUAAGGGCUUUACUCAGCCCCGCCACCUUCUAAAUCAUUCGAGAAUACACACUGGAGAUAAACCAUUUAAAUGUGACGUGUGCAGUAAAGGAUUCAUAACUCGCGACAAACUCGUUGCCCACAAUCGAAAACACACUGGUGAUAAGCCGUUUAAGUGUGAAGUAUGUACUAAAAGUUUCACUCUUCGUGGUGUACUCGUAGCCCAUAUGCGAAUCCAUAAUGCUGACAAACCUUUCAAGUGUGAAUUCUGCAACAAGAGAUUUGGUAGGCUUGAUAAUCUUGUGCCUCACAUUAGUACGCAUACUGGAGAGAAGGCGUAUAAAUGUGAAGUUUGCCCUAAAAGUUUUGCUCGUAAAGGUCACCUUAUGGUUCAUAAUCGAAUACACACGGGAUAUCGUCCUUAUAAAUGUGACUAUUGUUGUAAAAGUUACACAGUAAGAAGGGACCUUGAUGCUCAUGUUCGGACGCACACCGGAGAUAGGCCAUAUAAAUGUGAUGAGUGUGGUAAGGGAUUUACACAGCGAGGGGCACUUGGGGUGCAUAUCCGCUCCCAUACUGGUGAGCGACCCUUCAAGUGUGAUAUAUGCCAUAAGGGAUUUACAGUUCGUGGGCAUCUUCUGGCCCACACUCGUACUCGCCAUUCUUAA